AUGACCGUUGUCAGACAAAUGCCCGUGCCGUACGCAGCAGCCACAGUAGAUCUCGAUCGUGAAGUAGACAAGUCGGCUGAUGGAGGCGCAGUGCAACAGAUCGGUGCCGCCACCUGCCUAGACUGCGCCUUUGGUUGGAACGGCGCUGAGCAAGUCGGUCAACGAAGCCAUAAUUGGACACUUCAUCCGAACCCUGUCAGUGGGCGGGGGGGCAGUGCAUUCUCAGUGACGGUCGUUCUGGGCAGGUCUUCUGGCGGAGGCGCAGUGCAGCAGCUCGACAAUAGCAUUGGCGGCGUGAAUCGUUGGGGACUGGAAAUUUCGAUCCUUGACCCAACUCUCGAUCGAUGGACGCGGCGUGCGGGAGACAAGGCAGACAUGACGUGGGGUCCAGAAAGACGGUCUGAUCAUUCGGCAAUGGUGCGCAAGGACGAACGUGAUGGGCAAACAGCGAGGGAUGUCGAGGGGUUUAUAUAG